CGUGUAAUCCUGGAGCACGAAGAAAACAUGGCGGCGUCGUGAGAGGAUAUUCAUGCCAUAACAAAGCCGCGUUUCUCACUAAAUAUAAGAAACACAACUUAAAUACGUACGAAGCGAAUGAGUCAGACGCUGAAAAGAAGCCUUAAACAAUGUGCAUCUGUGAUAUAUAAGCAUGACAGACAGCAGAAGCGCCGCUAGUCGCUGCGCGUCCGAUGCCUCCAAAGAAAGCUGGAGCCGAGUUUCUAAACUCUCACAGGACAAAUUCAAAGCAAAGAAAUACAGCAAAGGCCGAAAACGAGCCCAGUCUCCGUGUUUAGGCACGUCGCUUUAUUAUCGCAAAGAUCUAGAAACCCCAAAACGUCAAUCAAGGAACAGAUUUAAUGGAUGUAGUACAGGAGAUUCACCAAGUGAGGCUGACGCUUUGCAGGACAUCAUUUGGGAUCCUGCUUCACCAACUCCAGUAUGGAAUGGAAAAGGAGCUGGGGAAGGUGUGCGAGUCGUGGAGAUAUCUGAUAUUGUCAACAGGAUUGCACCAAAGGAUGAAAAGCCUGUGGACAAAGAUUUGGUGCUUCAGUGGAUUGGAGACAGUGCCAUCCCUUGCACUCCAGAGAUCCAGCAGCCACGAGUUCGGAGGAUCUCAGCACGCCGGCAAAGCAACAACGUUGAGGAUCUCAUGAAACUUGCUAAACAGUUUGACAUCAACAUGACUCGUCAAGAUGAAGAGAGGCAACUAGAGAACAAAGGAAGAAACACAGAAGGAUCUAACAAGCUCGACAGAUCUAUUGCCAGCCAUUCAGUGUUAGAUGGCAUUGAACCUUCAGGUGCAAAGCAUUUUCCUGUUCCAGCCAAGCCUGAAGUAUUGAGCCAUGAAGAGGAGCUGCAUGCUCUUUUUGACGGGCCCACCCAGUACCUGAGUGGGAGACUAAGUCCUCCAUCAGUGAACGGUUCACAGGAGAGCAGGACUGAAUCAGCAGCCCUGGAUGCAAAAAAACCAGACACUGCAGGUAGCAAGAACUUCCCUGAGGAUGCUGCUCAAGUACCAAAAUCAGUCUUUGAUGAUGACUGGGACAAUGACGAUUUGCUCAAUGACUCCUUUGUGCUAGAGAUGACUCAGAACCCAGAUCUUUCAUGCUCAUGUCCAAAGAAAACAGGGUCUGUUAUGUCCAGCAAAUGUGAACCAACGAAUGUAGCCAGUUCAUCUGGAUCUGGCAGUAGAGCCAGUUUCUCUCCACUGCUUCUGAGCAGUAAUAGCAAUCGCUACACUAGGACCUUAUCAAAAGCUCCAUAUACCAACCCGAGCACUUUUAGACCACAACCAGUUGCUCCUGUUAAUACUGGAAUUGCUCAACAGCUGCCUAAAACUAGCCCUGAUCCGGCCAAAAUGGAGAGGUCUGAAAACAAUCAGGCAGAGGCACAAAUAUUCCCCUGUAAGAGGGGGCCUGUAAGUGACUUUGAUAGAACAAAGAGGGAGAUUAAAGGCAUCGUGGGAGCCAAAAAGUCUGACAGUUUGACUGGUACUUCAGGGAAGGACUUUAAGACGCUGGACUGGGGUGUAUGGGGUGAUGGAGAUGACGAUCUGCUGUAUCAAGCCUGCGAUGACGUGGAGCGAAUCUCAGCCAGUCAAGAGGAGCAAAAGCAGAACAGCUGUGCUGAUUUCCAGUCUAACAAACCCACAAAAGCACCUUCAUCGAAAGACACUACUUGUUUUUCAAAUAACUUUGUUAACGAUAAUACUCAACCAGGACAACCCAGAGAGCCCAGUCAAGUCACACGCAUAUUUGGGCGCUCGCAUUCAAUACCAGGUGCUUCAAGCACAUUUGGAAAUAAACAGAACUUGCAUGAAAUUUCACGAACAAGUCACAAUCCUCAGCUUAAUAGGCAGUACCGAUUCAAACAGGUGAAGAAUGCCUCUGCAGCUGCGCUUAACCCCCAGUGGACUAUCCAUGAAGUCAGCACGCACAGCCAAUCUGCAGAAAGUACCUUCCAUCAUUCCACAUUCAAGAGACAUCAGUCUGACCCUGUGCCUCUGGGCAACAAAGUGUUUGUUGCAGCCCAACCUGUUGUGAAGUGCACUGCUGCUGAGAUUGAGAGGAAGAAGCAGGAAGCCAUAGCAAGGAGAAGAUUCCGACUGCAAACUAACCAAAAUCCUGGAGCUCCUACAUAGACCACCACAGAGGAAUCCAGCUUCUCGUAGUGAGUUGCUUAGGCCCGCUGAAGUGUAGUAGACCAGUUUAGGUCAUUGAUUCUGUCUAACAGAGUUUUGCCUGAUGACACAGAUCACUUCUUUUUUUUAACACUUGACUAAGUCUCUACACCUGUUGUAAUUAGUCAAAACACUAAUGAGACUAAAGAAACAAAUCAUAUUGCAAAACUUAUUUUCUCUCUCUCCAGUCCAGAUAUUUCGGAGGAAUAAUGAAGCAAAAGUGCUAAUUGUGAAUCAAGUGGUUUUCAAGUGGAAUGCACAGUUAUAUGCAAAAGUUUGGGCACCCCUGUUCAAAUGAGUGUAAAUAAGUGAAAACAUCCUCUACAGAGAACACACUUCUGUACUUUUUCAUGCACAAUUACUGUUUAUUUUCUAAAUUAACCUAAAAAAAAACCCUUUCCUAUAUGUUAAAUAGAAAUUGUGCAAGAAUAUGUGCAGAAAAAUGGCUAAUUGUUCUCUGUAGAGGAUGUUAACUUAUUUUCACUUAGAAAUUUCUAGAAAGUGUUCAGACAUUUGCAUAUGAAGCAGUAAAACUCAGUCUGUGAUCUGAAUACUGCCUGGGCAAAACUCCAGUCUUUCAUUUAGCCUCAUUAUCAGGAUGCAUAGAUAAUGUGAUUUGUUAAAAUUUUAUUUUUCUUCUAAAUCAAGGCUGGCUGUAUGUUGUACUGGGUCUUAGCUAGUGCAAAUGAGAGGUUCUUUCUGAGAUACAGGCAGAUUGGGUGCAGUUUGCAUGCUGUGAAAGGCAAUCACAGAGGAAGCUUCAUUAUUUAAUGAAAAAUAAAGUAAAAAGAAGCCCAAGUUUGUGUUAUACAUGCAGAUCAGAGAUGAAGUCUUUGGUCUUUGUCUUUUUUCUGUGUCUAUAGUUGCGUUUUUGAUUUAAUGUAACCUGAGGGUUAAAAAGAAAGAGAAAAAAGAAAAUGACUGUAAAAAAUCAUUUUCAGUCUUUUACAGAUGACUGUUCCCCUCUAUUAAACUUCUCAGAAACAUUUUUA